AUGGCAGACUCCAAGGGCACCGCACAGCCUACAGGCUAUACACCCGCUACAUCAGCCUUUGUGAAAGCCGCAGCAGCGAUUAAAAUGCCCACUCCUGCCGCCGCCCCCGCAGGUGCAAGCACCGAUGCAGCGACAAACAGGGCGCCCUUCAAGAAGUUUCAAAGCGCAGUCUCCCGGGUCCAGACAUUCACCGUUACGGUUUUUCGACUCCCAGAGCAACUGAACAGUGGACAGCCUGCGAAGGAGGACAAGUCCUCCCAACCGAUCGACGUUGCGGUUCCCAACUCACCCGCGGCGGCAACUGCUGCGACAGGUGUUGCCUCGAUUAUGAUGAAAGCAACGGACGUGGUGUCCUUCCGACUUGAGACAACUCUGGCCCAGAUCCGUUCAGCAUUGAAGGUCAAGAGCAAGAUACAAGGAGAAUUCCGCUUCUGCAAUGAAGUCGGCGCGGUCGUUGCCGACGACAGUUGUAUUAAUGACUAUUUUACGUCGCUCGCGAAGCGACCCGCUAUGGAUGAUAUUUCCUUCAAGCUGUACAUCACGGGCGACGCUGCACCAGCUGAGCCCUUGACGUCGGUGCUGACCAAACCGCCCUUUACGUUGAAGUUCAUUCGCAUUGAGAACGGGACUGAGAAGACGGUUGGCACUCUGCAUUCUGGAUCCAUGAAGGAUAAGAAUCCGUCUGCGCUCGUGAUGGGCGAGGUGCGGAAAUUGAUCAAAGACAUGUCCGUAAACCCCGAAAUCGACCAAUUCUGCAUCGCAGACGGGACGCCCGUUGGCGAAGGGGUUUCCUUGACCGAGUAUCUGGAAAUGACAGACGUCCAAGUAGUCCGCGAGCGAACCCCGAUAAUCCCCAUCCUCUACCACAGCACUGCGCGACCGGAGAAGCCGCGCUUCCACGGCGCCUCUGAGGAGGUGAAAGCCGCCAUGGAGAAGCUGCGACCGGACCUCUCCUUCACCGACCGAAGCGCCGAGGAGCUCAAGGCCGACAGGGAGGCGUUGGCAAUUCAAGAGGAGCUGGAUGCAGCCAAGUUCGCCGUCUCCGGCGCCAGCGUCAAGACGUAUACGAGCGCAAUGACCGAGCGCGACUGGGCCUCGGUUCUCCGGAACUGCAACUUGAUGUACGGCUGGCGCAUCGAUUUCGCGAAGAAUGUUCUGGAGAAGGCCCCCAAGGCAGCCUUUCAGUUGAGGCAGGGCUUGAAUCUGCCCCCGGUUCCGCCGGCUCCUGCGAAGAUCCAGCCGCGAGCGGUGGAGGCUGGAGAUAGAGCUGCCUCAGGUGACGAUAAGGCCGAGCCGAACAACCAGGAUCAGGACGAAGAAAACCCGCCGCUGCCCGCUGACCAAACCCCGGCGCAAGAACAGCUGCCACCAAGUGAACCCCCGGUAACCUCUGCAAAGGAGAUAUCAGAGGAGCUCCCAGCCAAGGUCGGUGCGAUUCCGUCGUUCCAGAUCAACGACCGGUCCAAGAUCGAAGUAGUCAGUGUCGUGCACCAGUUCCAGGAGUCGAUGGCCACGAAUCACUUCAGCAAAUCCUCACUUGAGGUUGGUGUAUCUGGGGGCUGGGCUGGGAACUCGGUAGGCGUCACGGCAGGCGUGGCGUCCUCUUCAUCCGAUAGUCAGAAACAGACUGAGAAGGCGACGCAAAAACGGAUGCUGGCCAGCUAUAAGUUUCCUCGCGUCACUGUGUUUCUCCAUCCUGACAAUCUCGAGCCGACGGAAGAGCUGAAAAAUGCUAUCAAACGGAUACAGAAAACUAAAAACAUCAAUGAUUUGCGCAAGUUGCGUGCCGAUUUUGGACACUUGUUCGUCCAACAGGCUGUCCUGGGCGGCUGCCUACAGACCACAAAAGUCACCGACGCAAAGGAAAAAUCUACGGAAGAAAAGUCCAAGGACGAGUUUAAGGCUGAGGUUGGGGUGGCGGUGCAGACGGCCUUCGGUGUAGGUGGAAGCGUCAAAGCAUCCCACGAGACGCAAGACGGUAAAGAACACGUCCAGUCGAAUCUCAAUCAGAGGGAGACUAUGUCGUUUGAGGCUACCGGCGGAAAUACUCUUUUGGCGUCCAAUCCUUCUGAGUGGUGCGCAUCAGUGGGAGACUUCAACAACUGGCGAGUUAUUGAUCAAUCGGAGCUCGUAUCCAUGGUCGAUGUCAUCGCCCAGCAUCCAAGCUGUACACAGGUAAAACAGUGGUUCAUGCAGGCUGUCCCGAAAUUGUCUGAGUACCUCGUUGUUCCUGACUCGCGUACACUGGACGUGCGAUUCAAACUAGCAGCCAACACGCCUACCAUGGCCAAAAUUGUCGGCAGCGAGAUUCCGGCUUAUCUAGGGCAUGACCCUCUACACCCUCCGGUCCCCCGAAAAACAGCCAUAACCAGUAGCAGAACCGGUGCACAAAUCAAGGAAAGUGUUAGGUUUGAUCCUUCAAACGCGCGAAUGGUGGUGGACAUGACCACAUUCUGUGUCGAAUCCAAGCUCGUCUCCAAGGACGCCAUCUUCUUUCCGUCAGGCACGCAAGCGCCAGUCCUUUUCCAACCAACCGAAUACCAACCGCUAGAUGCGAAUGGAGACCCCGAGCCACCAAAGGCGCAAGGCCCCAAUGAGCCAACGUCGUGGGAUAAAGUCGGAACAAUCCAAGACGAAUACCUCAAGCAUACCCUCUGGAGCCUGGAAAUUCCGCACGGCGAAAGCAUCGGCCACGACUCCCUCGUCUGCAUAAGCUCGCAAAAUAACGACACCUCCGCGACAAAGCGCUGCGUGCUCACCGUCUACCGCAACGCCCAGGGCGUCUUCCUCCCCGCUAUCUCCUCCACCGACGAACCUUCCUACUGGCGGAUCAUCAAAGCCCAAGGCGCCACCACCGAGCAACUCAAAUCCGGCGAGGAGAUCCGGCUCUGCUGGCAGUUCUCCGACCAGCCGGGUGGAUACCGCGACUACACGCAGGAUUGCUACGGGCGACGCCAGAGGGUCCGGCCCGCGGAUGUCCCCGUUGACCGGUUGUAUCUGAAAGUCCCGUUCCCGAGCUUCGGCGGGGGCACGGCCAGGUCCGGGCUGGGGCUUGUGCUUAGUACAUGUGCGCUGACGGAGCCCGUGUGGGAGGGGAUGAGGACGCUCAAACCGCAGAGUCACGAGACCGAGACGGUCAUGUAUAAUCUGCAUGAUCUGACUUUUAGGUUGGAUACUGUCGGAAACAACGGCCUCGGAGACUCACGAGACUAUAUGAACCAUGUCACCGCUGCGCAUUUACAAUUUGCCUCGACGAUCACCCACGGAAGCACCGUGUCGAAGCCGAUAGAGGUAGGCGGUCCGAUCGACCUGCUGGGCGGCGUCUUGCUUGGGCCCGUUGUCAAAGCAUCUGCUGCUAUUGUAGACACCUUUGUGAGCUGGCUGGGGUGGUAA